AUGGCCAACUACGCUCAACAGACUGUAAAACAGCUUCAGAAGGAGCUGGAAUCCAGAAAUUUAGGUACCAAUGGGAUCAAGAAAGACUUGAUCGCGCGAUUGGAGUCCAAUGACGCCGAAAACUCGCAACAAACAGCCGCACAGGAGGAAGAACAGCAGGAACCAGCAACCAAGGAAAUCGGUUCUGAACAAAAAGAAGAACAGCCCGAAAAGGUUGUUGCUUCAACUGAAGAAGAGAACGAAGAGAACCCCGCCGCGGCUCCCGUUUUAGAAAACCCAUCAGUCGCUUCUUCUUCGUCUUCUGGUUCUUCCAACCAGCCAAAGUCUGAGGGAAGCCACGGCCAUGGGAACGGCAAUAUCGACGAAGCGGAUGCUAAGCCCAAACCUUUCUCACCCGAGGAGGCCAAAACCAAGGCAUUGGAACAUUUGCAGGUCAAAUUGCGUCGUGCACGCAAGUUCGCAGCUGACGAGUCCACGAUCGAAUCGCUAGAACGCCAAAUUGCUAGAAUCCAGAAAUUCGGACUCGACCAAACCACCCAAUUGGCACGCGAACUAGGGUUCGGCAAAGGCCCUCAAAACACAAUUGCGCGCCGUGGGAACAAGAAAUCGCAUCGCAAAGCUUCCAAGAACAAUAGAAAGUAG